UUCAUCUUCGUUCCCCCUCUCUUCCCUUUCUGGAUCUCCUCUCUGCUCAAAACUUCACAGAAAGCCAUGGUUUCACUCUGCAGUCUCCCCUCUUUCUUUGUUUCUUUUUCCUUCGUUUUUCUAUCGCAUUUCUCAAGCUUCAUUGACGCACGUCAAGCUCUAGAUUAUGGUUAUCCAAACGCUACGCUUUCAACACGGUGGACGAUUAACGGAACAGCUCGUCACUUGACCCGGUUUUCAGAUGGAUCGAUCGCGCAGCCAAUUCUUCUCGGAGGCAAAGGAGCUCCUGGCCCUGCCUACGCCUGCGGCUUCUACUGUAAUGUGUGGUCUGCCAAUCGAAAUGAUCCCGUAAAGAUUGGCGCGAUGUUGGAGCUCACGUCCAAAGGGGAUUUGGUGUUGAAAGAUGCCGAUGGUACGGUUGCUUGGUCCACAAACACUUCUGCGAAGUCCGUUGUAGGCUUGAACUUGACAGAUUUGGGGAACCUCGUGCUGUUUGAUAAGGACAAUGCGAUUGUCUGGCAGUCUUUUGACGAGCCAACCGACUCACUUGUCCUAGGACAAAAGUUGAGGCAUGGGCAAAGACUGAUGUCGUGUAUUGCCGAUACAAAUUGGACAGUUGACGGUAUGAUUACGCUUUCCGUGAAUGGCUUAUUUUUAUCUGCUCAAGUGGAGACUAAUCCUCCUCAGGUCUAUUUCAAGUAUAGUGUUCCAAUUUGGAAUGCCGGUAUCGAGUUUGUAAAUGGAAGCUUGUCUUGGUUCUCAGAUACUACCGGGAAUGGGACACUGUUUUUAGUCCCUCAAGCAUCUUCUGCGCAAUACAUGAAGCUGGGCUCGGAUGGGCAUUUGAGAUUGUAUGACUAUGGAAAUGGGUGGGAAGAAGUGGCUGAUCUUUUCAAAGAGGAUGUCGAGGACUGUAGCUAUCCGACUGCGUGUGGGAGAUAUGGAAUAUGCUCCAAUGGGCAAUGUAGUUGUCCAGCUUCAAGUGGGGGAACGAGCUAUUUCCAGCAAGUAGAUGAUAGGCACCCCAAUCUUGGGUGUUCUGAGAAUGUUCCAUUGUCUUGUGGGGCUUCACAACAUCAAAGUCUUCUAGAGCUCAAAAAUGUCACGUAUUUUAGUCUCACUCCAGAUCUCAAGGACAUAGAUGCUUCAAGUUGUAAAGAGACUUGCGCAAAGAACUGUUCAUGCAAAGCAGCUAUAUUCCGGUAUUAUUCGAAUCGCACUAGCGGCGCGUGUUACUUACCAACUCAGGUGUUUUCACUUAUGAACAUUGACAAGGAAAAGUUUUUCUAUAAUUCUACUGCUUACCUUAAAGUACAAAACAGGGCCAAUGAAGCUCCUCAUACUCCUUCGGUUGACAAUCGUAUGAGCAACCGUCUCCCUGUAAUACUUGGGUCUAGCCUUGGAGCUCUCUUUGCCAUGAUGAUUUUCAUCGUAGCCAUAGUUUUGUUUGUUCAAAAGAGAGAUGAUAAUCAAGCAGAGGAGGAUUACCUUGAUCAAGUACCAGGAAUGCCCAAUAGAUUCACGUACGAUGAUCUGAAAACAAUCACAGGCGAAUUCAGUAAAAAGCUUGGCGAAGGUGGUUUUGGUUCUGUUUUCGAAGGUACUCUAAGCGACGGAUCAAAAGUCGCCGUAAAACGCCUUGAUGGUUUUGGGCACAUUAAGAAAUCCUUUCUAGCCGAAGUUGAGACUAUCGGCAGCAUCCAUCACGUGAACUUGGUAAGACUUGUGGGAUUUUGCGCUGAGAAAUCCCACAGGCUCCUUAUCUACGAGUACAUGUCGAAUGGGUCUCUAGAUAGAUGGAUCUUUCGCAAAUCCAAUGAAUGUGUUCUCGACUGGCAACAAAGGAAGAAGAUCAUUCUCGAUAUAGCAAAAGGACUGAAUUAUCUUCAUGAAGAUUGCAGACAGAAGAUAGUUCACUUAGACAUUAAACCCCAAAAUAUCCUUUUGGAUGGGAAUUUCAAUGCGAAGGUUGCUGAUUUUGGAUUAUCGAAGCUGAUGGGCAAGGACCAAAGCCAAGUCGUCACAACCAUGAGAGGAACUCCCGGUUAUUUGGCCCCCGAGUGGCUACGUGCAGCAAUCACUGAAAAGGUAGAUGUGUAUAGCUUUGGCGUGGUAAUCUUGGAGAUAGUGUGUGGGAGAAAAAUCUUCAAUUGCUCUCUUGAUCCAGAAAAUGAGCAUUUACUGAGCCUUUUUAAGAGAAAGGCGGAAGAGGAACAACUCUUGGACAUUGUGGAUAAGUCUAGCGAUGACAUGCAACUAAAUGGACUGCAGGUGGUGAAUAUGAUGAGGAUUGCUGCAUGGUGCUUGCAAGGAGACUAUACAAAGAGGCCCUCCAUGUCUAUGGUCGUCAAGGUGUUAGAGGGCGUUGCGGAAGUUCAAGAAGACCUGGAUUACGACUUCUAUGCUCAACCUUCCACUGAUAGAGUAGCAAGAUUCGGUCAGAUGGACAUCGAAUUUGGUGCCACCACUGCAUUACUACCCUCAAUCCUAAGCGGUCCACGAUGACGUGACUAAUUAAUGAGAACUUUUCUUCCCAAUAUGUCAACCGGUAAAAUGUGCAGGCAAUUGACUUUUUCAGAUUGUGAGGACUUCGGAUUGUCAUUCUCCUUUUAGGUCUAGAAAAUAGCCCGUGGCAUGAUAUCAAUUCUCUUUCACUUUGCAAAUGAGUGGACUUUGCCAUAACUUAGCAA